AGGAGGGGACUGCUGCUGCCAUGGCUGCAUAUCCCACUACCAAUACCACUGGUGGCAGUGAUGGCAUGUGGUCUAAGGGGCAUGAGACUUUGCUGCUGCCAGAACCAUUCUUCCCAGCACGAGUAGUGGUAGGGACAGGAGGCCGGGCACAGACAGGAGGAGCAGCAGAAGAAUCUGAAGGAUUAGCAGCAGCAGCAGGGGCAGCAGCAGCAGGGGCGGCAGCAGCAGCAGCGGCAGCAGAAGCGGCAGCGACACCAGCAAAAGCAGCGGCACCAGCGGCAGAAUCAGGAGAAGCAGCAGCCAGAGAAGGUGCAGAGGUAGUCACUGCAGGCAGGAUUGUCAGUGUAUCAAGGGAGACACCAAUGGGGACUCGUGGAUUGGGCAGCAGCCAGGGCCUUGGAAGGAUGCUCUCUCCCAAAAGGAGUUGUGAAGAGGACUACUGA